AUGCCUCAGCAAUUGGAAGUAACAGAAUAUGAUGUUAUUAUACUUGGUACUGGUUUUGUCGAAUCAAUCCUUGCAGGGGCUUUAGCGAGAAUCGGUAAAUCUGUGUUGCAUAUGGAUACAAAUGAAUAUUAUGGAGGCAGCUGGACUUCGUUUAAUUUCCAAGAAUUGUUAGAUUGGGCUCAGCUUUUACAAGGUUGCCCAUAUUAUUUAGUGACAAUUUGUCAUGUAGAGGAAUCGAGCGGAAACAGCCAAGAAAAUUUCGAAGGAAAGAAAGCUUUACCAAUCAAUUUUUCCAAGGCUCGCCGUCAAGCCUAUUCAACAAUUGAAUAUGAGAUAUACGGUAUUUUAAAGCAGACAAAUAGUACCGAAGAAAAUGAAGAAUAUCUUCAUAAAGAUGAACAAGAUACAUCAGAAGAAACAAUACGUCAUGUUUCGACAAGUCUGUCUAAUUUCGAAAGGGAAACUCUGGCAAAAUUACUCAAAGAAUCAAAGCAAUAUAAUUUGGAUAUAGCGCCAAAAAUAAUGCCUUGUCGUGGUGAAUUAAUCGAAUUAUUAAUAAGUUCCGGUGUGGGUAGAUAUUUGGAAUUUAAAGCUUUGGAUAAGACUUACAUAUAUUCUGAUCAAGAUACUUUUGAUAAGGUCCCAUGUUCAAAGGAAGAUGUAUUUACAAGUCAAACAGUAACUUUGAUUGACAAAAGAAAAUUGAUGAGAUUUUUAACAUUUGCUUUAGAUUUUACUAAUUCUCCAGAAACGUUUGAAGGUUAUGAAGAAAAACCUUAUGAAAAAUUUCUCAAAGAAAAAUUCCAAAUUGAUGGCAAAUUGUUAUCAGCAGUUUUAUACGCGAUCACUUUAAUUCAAACAAAAGCAAAUGAUGUAAAUACUAUACAAGGCUUGACAUAUACACAAAGAUAUUUAAAAUCUCUUGGCCGUUAUGGUAAUGCUGCUUUUUUGGUAGCCUUAUAUGGUGCUGGGAGUGAAAUUUCCCAAGGCUUCUGUAGGAUUUCAGCUGUAUUUGGUGGAAUAUAUAUGUUAAAUCAUUCCAUAAAGCAUCUCUUAAUUGACAAGAGUUCAAAUAAUUUCACUGGACUUAUUGAUGUGAAUGGCCAACAACUUUCUUCCACAUACUUAAUUACAUCUAUUGAUUACAUACCUGAAAAGUUAUUACAGGAAAAUGAAGAAUGUGAGCAAAUUUCUCGUGCGAUUGUGAUCAUAGAUCGAUAUAUUCACGAGGAAGGUGAUGCUUCUCUCACCAUAUUUCCACCAGAUUCCGUGGGUAAUGAAUAUCCGAUAAGAGUUCUCCAGUUUUCAGAGGGGACACGAUCUUGUCCCGAAGAUAAAUAUGUUUUGUACAUGUCCACAAAAGCUUCUGGAAAAAGUGCCAAAGAAGAUUUGUACAAGGCAUUAGAGAAAUUAGUUAAUAUUUCAAAUGAUGAUGCUUCGUUAUCAUCUCCUUUGUUUGCUUUAUUUUACCGGCAUAAAUUUCGUGAUGCUACGCUUUCUUCCCUACUACCCGAUAAUAUAAUUGUUACUAACGAUUCUGAUUCAUCGUUGGAUUUCGAAACGGCAACAAUUCAAGCAAAGCAACUUUUUGAAAAGAUGUGUCCAAAUGAGGAAUUUUUACCUGCCGUGCCGGACCCUGAUGAUGAUGAUUUAUAA